AUAUAUAUAUAUAUAUAUGAUCGUUCGUUGGCCUCCCUACUUCAUUUCCUAGACAAACUUUUUGCUGGAGUUUUUUUUCUCAGUGCCUGCCACUAUGCCAGAAGCUCCUAAGAACGUAUCCGAGCAUGGUGAGAGAAAGGCGUUGGAGUUUAUUGAGGAGGUUACGAGUAAUGCCGAUGAAGUACAGAAGCGGGUUCUUGGUGAAAUCCUUUCUCGUAGCGCCAAUGUUGAAUACUUGCGCCGACAUGGCCUCAACGGGCAAAUAGACCGACUUACUUUCAAGAAGGUCGUCCCUGUUGUCGGGUACGAAGAUUUGAAGCCAGAUAUCGACCGUAUUGCCAAUGGCGACACUUCCCCGAUUCUUUGCUCCCAGCCCAUUUCUGAGUUCUUGACUAGCUCGGGAACAUCUGGAGGGGAGAGGAAACUGAUGCCAACAAUAGAAGAGGAGCUGGAGAGGAGAUCAUUGCUUUACAGCCUUUUGAUGCCUGUGAUGAAUCAAUUUGUUCCAGGUUUGGACGAAGGCAAAGGAAUGUAUCUUUUGUUCAUAAAAUCAGAAGCCAAGACCCCGGGAGGACUUGUUGCACGUCCAGUUUUAACCAGCUUUUACAAAAGCUCACAUUUUAAGAAUAGGCCUCAUGAUCCCUACACCAACUAUACUAGCCCAAACGACACCAUUCUCUGCCCAGAUUCCUAUCAAAGCAUGUACUCUCAGUUGCUUUGUGGGCUUUAUCAAAAUACUGAAGUUCUUCGUGUUGGGGCUGUCUUUGCUUCUGGCUUCAUUCGUGCCAUCAAAUUCCUAGAAAAACAUUGGCUUCUUUUGUGCAAUGAUAUUAGAACAGGAACCUUGGAUCCUAAAAUUACUGAUCCAUCAGUGAGAGAAGCUGUCAUGAAAAUUCUUGAGCCAAAUCCCAAGCUAGCUGAUUUUAUUGAAGCUGAGUGUAGCAAAGACUCAUGGAGGGGGAUCAUAAAAAGGUUGUGGCCAAACACAAAGUAUAUUGAUGUUAUAGUGACAGGAACAAUGUCUCAGUAUAUUCCUACUUUGGAUUAUUAUAGCAAUAGUCUCCCUCUUAUUUGCACCAUGUAUGCUUCUUCUGAGUGUUAUUUUGGCCUGAAUUUGAAUCCUCUGAGUAAGCCAAGUGAAGUUGCCUACACCCUUAUGCCCAUCAUGUGCUAUUAUGAGUUCUUGCCAGUUAACAGGAAAAAGGACUUCACUGAGGACUCCUUUUCCAAACCUGUCUCCCUCGAAGAGAAGGAAAGCCACGACUUGGUUGAUCUUGUUGAUGUCAAGCUAGGACAAGAAUAUGAGCUUGUGGUAACUACUUAUGCAGGCCUCUACCGUUAUCGUGUUGGAGACAUACUCCGAGUGGUGGGAUUCAAAAACAAGGCUCCACAAUUCAAGUUCGUAUGCCGAAAGAAUGUUGUUCUCAGCAUUGAUUCGGACAAAACCGAUGAAGUUGAGCUCCAAAAUGCAGUGAAGACUGCAGCCGACCAUCUUCUAUCAUUUGAUGCAUCACUCACAGAAUACACAAGCUAUGCAGACACCUCAACCAUCCCCGGCCACUAUGUCCUGUACUGGGAGAUCAGCCACAGCGACCGCGCUGCCGCAAUCCCGCCUUCCGUUUUCGAGGAUUGCUGCUUCUCUGUUGAAGAAGCACUCAACAGUGUGUACAGGCAAGGAAGAGUUUCGGACAAGUCGAUUGGGCCUUUGGAGAUAAAGAUUGUGGAGGGGGGCACGUUUGACAAGCUCAUGGACUAUGCUCUCAGCCAGGGUGCUUCAAUAAACCAGUACAAAGCACCCCGGUGCGUGAAAUAUGCCCCCAUUGUUGAGCUCUUGAACUCGAGGGUUGUUGCUAAUUAUUUCAGCCCGAAAUGCCCGAAAUGGGUUCCGGGUCAUAAGCAAUGGUGCAAUCAGAGCUAGCUUUGAUUAGGAGCUUAUAUUGGAUGUAGUAGAUUAAUUAACGUACCCAUUAGUUUCUUGGUGAUGUUUUUAAUCUUUGCAAAAACAGUUCUAAUUAAGAUCUUGUUUCUUGAGUUAAUGCUUCUAGCUACCUGAUUCAUCACUUUGUGAUUGAUCCCUCUUUA